AUGGAGGGAGCGGCCUGUCCUGAUAGGUCGCAAAUGGAGAAUGACGAAUCUGAUUAUGAGCUUCAACAAAGCCUGGAGGUCAUUAUGGCACUCGAUGUUUGCGAUAAUGGGACCAUGGGUUGUGCAUUCUUGGACGGUGUUCUUCCUUACAAGACAUGCGUCCGGAUACUAUCAUCAUCAGAGUUUUCUGUAGAGGCAGCCGUCGACAUGCUGUCAGCUCCAGACGAUACUGGUCUCCUUUGCGGCUUCCCUGAUGGCGGGAGGGAAGACAGGCUAGAUCACUGUAGCAUCAGUAUUGAGGAGGUUAUCUCCAACGCAAUUACUGGAGAAUUCAAAGACCCUCUGUCUACAGUUCCCAAGUUUGAUCAGCGUUCCUUGAUGGCUGUUGGCGAGCUGAUCACUAAUGCUGUGGAUUUCGAACAAUCCGAAUACCGAGGCCGUACCACAGUGAGGCUGGGACUUGACCAGAAUCUCGAUAAAUUAAGACGACAUUAUGACGGUAUGGACAGCUUCCUGGCAGAAGUUGUUGACUCUACGCUACGGACAGUGCCUGAAUGGGCCGCUUCCUACGUCAAAUCAUGCAUCUUUCUCCCGCAGCUUGGAUUUCUCAUUGUCACUGAACUUGAUCCAAAAACUGGUCAAGGGAAAUAUCACGGUAAAUGGCCCGACGAGGAUCACUGGGAACAGGUUUUUGUGGCAGGUGAUUCAGCUCAUUACAAAAACGACAAUAUGCGUCACCUUGACGAUCAAUUCGGCGACAUUUAUUGCGAAAUAGCAGACAGAGAAGUUGAAAUUCUUCAUGAUCUUUCCCAAGAAGUUUUAAAAUGCAGCGAGUCUCUGUCGUCAGCUUCUGACACAUGUGGAGAUGUUGAUGCUAUUCUUGCCUUGGCUUUGACCGCAGAGAAGUACAAAUGGACUGUCCCGAAAUUAACAACUGGAAUCGGCGUUCUCGAAAUUAAAAAGGGGAGACAUCCUUUGCAAGAGUUGGUUGUACCAAGCUUCGUUCCAAAUGAUUGUCAUCUCGGAGGUUAUGACCAUUCAUGUGAAGACCAAUUCCCGUGCAUGAUCCUCACAGGGCCGAACCACUCAGGCAAGAGCGUGUUCUUGAAGCAAGUAGGCCUUCUUGUAUAUCUCGCCCAUAUCGGAAGUUUCGUCCCUGCAGAAAUGGCGGUAAUUAGUGUCACUGACCGGAUACUGACCCGUAUAUCAACCCUGGAGAGUGUUUGCAAAGAAGAAAGUGCCUUUGCCAUCGACUUAAAGCAGUUGCUCAGCGCGAUAAAGCAGUCGACCUCGAGAAGUCUUUUGAUUAUCGAUGAGUUCGGCAAGGGGACCAAUUCAGAUGAUGGUGCUGGGCUCCUCGCAUCUUUCUUGGAACACUUAUUAUCGCUUGCCGCUGAAGCUCCAAGAAGUCUGCUCGCAACACACAUGCACGACCUCUUUGACUGUCACCACCAGCUGCUUCCGACCAGUAGACUACGCUUGAAUCACAUGGAAAUACUCAAAGCUCAAUGUGGGGUGGCCAAUUCUGACUACAUAACAUACUUAUUCAAGCUUCGUGAUGGGUAUAGCUCAGAUCGCUUUGGAGGUUACUGUGCGACUUUGAAUGGGGUCCCCCGUUUAGUCGUUGAACGAGCUCAUAUCCUAUCAUUGCUACUCAGUCGUAAUGAGGACAUCACAGUUCCCUGCGCUAAGCUUUCGCCCCAGGAAGAGCUCAAGCUGCAGUUGGCCGAGACCGUGUCGCGGAAAUUUUUAAAGCAGAACUUUCAGCACUUGGCUAGCGAAAAGAAUUGUUCAUUGCAGGACGCUCGACAGGUGUUGCAAAAUAUACUAUCCACGUAG